AUGUCGGGUUCGCUGUUACGAAAGGACAUUCGGGAUCACUGUGAAGCAGCCGACGACGAGGGCAAGGAAAAGUUCACAUGUUUCUGCAACAGUCGGGAUAACUGCAACGGUGGCAGGACACUGCAAAGACUGGAAGUGGAAACCGUUGAAUUGUUGACCUGCGUCUGCUCUGGUGCCCAUUGUAAAGGAGAGACAUGUCUCGGAGAACUCUGCAGUUAUGUUAUCAACCAUCGGACGAAAGAAACGGAAAGGGGCUGUGUCAACGCUUCGGUGCCAAUAGUUGAACGGCGAUCAAUGGGCUCGUGUAUGAUUCCUCCGAUCACAGGUGCCAUGCAUCAUACAGUAGCGAAGGAGGCGUCCGAUCUACUCAAGACCGAGUCCUGUGUGUGCGCCACAGAUUAUUGUAAUGCGGAGAAGCCCCAAAUCACAGUUCCUGAACGACAAAAGUGUCAGACGUUUGUCACAGCAAAAGUGAUGGGAACAUCGGCUAAAUCAAAUUUUCAGAUGAGCUCUAAGAAUGUCACCUGCACCGGAGAAUUUUGUUUCAAGGCACGAAUUAAGUCCAAAUUAGGGCAUAUGACGGAGUAUAAUACGAUGGGUUGCGCAUCGUUUACUGGCGACGACAUGCUGGCUGAGGAAUUGAAUCCUACCGGGUGUGCGAAAUUUGACAACGAACAGUUAGAUAUACUGGCAUGUUUCGAGACGAAAGAUAAGUCCGCCAUUGGUCGAGCUCGAGCCAACCAAGAAGUCCGAGAGCCGAAACGCAGGCCGAGCAAAGGAAAAGGAAGGAAGCCUCCCCCAAAAAUGGAAAUAGAGUAUGAAGAGGAAGAAGAAGGAGAUGAUGAGGACGUUGAUGACGAUGAGAAUGAAAAUAACAAAGGAAGUGAUGUCAAAACAAAGGAAGAAAAGGAAGAGACAAAGGAAAAAGAAGAGGAUUCACAUUUGUCCAGCAUAAUCCUAGAAUUAGUACUCGGUUUUCUAGAAUCUCAAAAGCCUGCAAAAGAUGGAGAGAAGGAAGAAGAGGAGACGGAAGGAAAGGAGAAAGAAGGCGACGAUGACACGGAAAAGGACGACGAUGACUCUGACGAGGAUACAACAACGAUUUCUAAAAACUUCAUAUUUGAACGGCCAACGCAGCCUCCGAUUCCGGAUGAUUCGAAUACAACAAUGAUCGCCGUCUUCGUUCUGAUCAUACUGUGCAUUGUGGUAUCAGGAGCCGUGUGGAAGUUUGAGUUACACAAAAAGCUGUUCCGUUCAAGUUACGACACUGUGGCUGGUGGAUAA